GGCUGGAAACGGGUGGAGAGUGGGAACGAUAAAUUUGGUCGUGCAGUUUGUCGGUGUCGAGUGCAGUUGAUUCCAAGGGAAAUAAAGAAUUUUCCUCAUAAUUUUGUCCCGGAAACUGUUCGAAGCUAUUGCGGGAAGUAUUCACCGUCAGGAGCUAUAAGUUUAUUACGAUACAAGCUUUCCAUCUGCGACAAUUUUGAGUAAAUUGUCCGGAUUGUUGUUGGAAGCGAGACGUCACUACUUCACACGUCAGCCGAAUUGAAUAGCGCUCAUUUUGAUCGCUCUCGGCGACGAAUUGCUGCAAAGUUUACAAUAGGCGGUGAUCUUGUUGGUUGGGCGGUAUCAACAAUUGUAUUCGAUCAAAAUGGUUCUUAUUGCGGCAGCCGUUUGCACAAAAGCGGGGAAAACAAUUGUAUCCCGUCAAUUCGUCGAAAUGACUAAGGCACGUAUCGAAGGAUUGCUGGCGGCUUUUCCAAAACUCAUGACCUCCGGGAAACAGCACACCUUCGUUGAGACAGACUCAGUGCGCUAUGUUUAUCAGCCGAUGGAGAAGUUGUACAUGCUGCUGAUCACUACGAAGGCCAGUAAUAUAUUGGAAGAUUUGGAAACAUUGCGACUGUUCUCCAAAGUGAUCCCGGAAUAUUGUCGGUCGCUAGAGGAGAAAGAAAUUAUCGAAAAUGCAUUCGAUUUGAUAUUCGCAUUCGAUGAAAUUGUUGCUCUGGGCUACAGAGAAAGCGUUAAUCUGGCUCAAAUUAAAACUUUCGUUGAAAUGGAUUCACACGAGGAGAAGGUCUACCAAGCGGUCAGACAAACGCAGGAACGCGAGGCCAAGCAAAAGAUGCGUGAACGCGCAAAAGAAUUACAACGCCAGCGAAUGGAGCAGAAGAAGAGUGGUAUGGGAGGCACUGGACGACCCUACGGAGGUGGUAGUUCCGAGGGCUUUGGUAAUAAUUCCACCGGAGGUAUUUCCAACCAUUCUUCCAUUACGACGCCUUCGAUUGGAAUAGGAGAGAUAAAACAGGCGGCACCAGCUGCGAAACCGGCCACUGCUAAAAACGCUCUCAAGUUGGGAGGAAAGUCUCGUGAUGCCGACACUUUCGUUGAUCAAUUGAAAAGUGAGGGCGAGAAAGUCACUAAUAAUCCCGCGCCAUCAGCAGCGCCAUCCACGGCUGCAGCCAAAGCUAAGCCUGUUUCUGACGUUCCAAUGGAUAAUGUUCAUCUUCGCCUUGAGGAUAAGAUUGUGGUUCGCGUUGGACGCGAUGGUGGUUUGCAGAACUUUGAGUUGUCCGGUUUGCUAACAUUACGCGUUUCGGAUGAAAAAUACGGCCGAAUUAAAAUACAGCUAGAAAACACCGAUCAACGAGGUAUCCAGUUGCAAACGCAUCCGAACGUGGAUAAGGAACUAUUCAAGAGCAAGUGCCAAAUUGGUCUGAAGAAUCCGGCAAAACCAUUCCCAUUGAACACGGAUGUUGGUGUGCUCAAAUGGCGUUAUCAAACCCAGGAUGAAUCGUCUAUUCCUCUUACCAUAAAUUGUUGGCCAUCGGAAAACACUGAGGGUGGCUGUGAUGUGAAUAUUGAAUAUGAGCUGGAGCAUACACGAUUAGAGUUGCAUGAUGUAUGCAUCACAAUCCCACUUCCAAUGGGAAUAACACCCUCAAUAGCGGAAUGUGACGGUGACUACAAUCACGACGGACGAAAGAACAUUCUUCAGUGGAGUUUGCCCGUAAUCGAUGCUGUCUCCAAACAGGGUUCAAUGGAAUUUUCGGUACCCAAUUCGAUCCCGACUGAUUUCUUCCCUCUGGAUGUGUCGUUCUCAUCGAAAAUUUCCUAUGCCGAACUGCAGCCAUCCGCGGUGCAGCUGAUCGACGACGAAGCGGAGGUGAAAUUCUCGACGGAAACACUUUUCUAUACGGAUAAGUACGAGAUUGUCUAGGUUGGACGACUCUCGGCCCCCUCAACUGGAAUUUGGAAUUUUGCUUUGUUGGAAAUAUAUACAUUCUAUUAGUAUAGUUUAUUUCUUAUUCACGUAAAUGUUUUACAAACAAUAUUAGGUAAAAACAAACAAAGCAAAUGAUAUAGUAUCGAAUUAUUUUACCCAUACCGAUUCAAAAUCAUAAAUACACAAUUACUGUACUAAGCGCGAAAAA